GAGAUUUUUGUUUGUUAAAAUGUUGAGGCCCAGCACCAGAUGUGCUCAAUCAGAAUGGCAAAGGCUCUGGCAGUGGUUCUCAGCCAGGGCAGUUUUGCCUCCCAGGUAGGGUGACCAGCUCAUCCCAGUUUACCCAGGAUUUGACCAGUUUUAACACUGAAGGUCCUGCAUCCCAUAAAUCCCACCUCUGUCCCAGGUGGCCUGUGAGGAUUGGCCGCAUAUUUUGGUUGUCAGAACUGGGGCCAGGCUACUGGCAUUUAGUGGGUGGAGGUCAGGGAUGUUGCAGAACAUCCCAUAAUGCGUAGGACAGCCUCUCACAACAGAGAAUUAUCCAGCCCACGAUGUCCAUAGUGCCCAGGUUGGCAAGACCUGGGUUAUAGCCAGGGUGUGUGUGGGCUGGGGAGCUCACGGGUCAUUCUGAUGCCUUCACCUGCUGCAGGUCCACAGCACACUUGCUGUGUGGGUUCACUCUAACAGCUUCUGUCUGCACCUGACUCUUCUCAGUUGUCUCUUUAGAGUUAAAUUAACAACUCUUUCAAUUGACUUCAAAUUCAGUUGUUAUUAUACUAAAUGUUUUCACUUUUUAUUUCAAAUUUCUUAAACAUUUCGUUUUUCUCUGCACUCUCUCCCAACCUGACCAGCCUUGCCAUUUUCAUUUCAUACAAGUUCCUUCAUUGUACGUCCUCUCCGCCCCUUCUUAUUCUGUCACAGUUUAGGCUCUGGGCUAUAAGGUACACCGCCGUCAGCGGUGGAGAAACUUCAGAAGUGUAGGGUCGUCGUCUUUAUAUAUAGAAAUGGUUGGGGAUUUGGCUUUUCUGACUGGAGGAAGCUCUUCUAAGCUUGACUCCAACCCAGUGGUGCCUUUAGCCAGCAAAACUAACUUAGGCAAUUAUAGCAGUAUUACCUGAUAAAAAAGGGGGUAAACUUGCUCAUGAUAAACUGUCUUCUGUUUAGGAGCCUUCGAGGAUACUUCAUUUGCUUCUCUGACUAGUCUUGUCAAUGAGAACACUCUAAAGGCAAUAAAAGAAAUGGGCUGUACAAACAUGACCGAGAUUCAGCAUAAAAGCAUCAGACUGCUUCUGGAAGGCAGGGAUCUUCUAGCAGCUGCAAAAACAGGCAGUGGCAAAACCCUGGCAUUUCUCGUCCCUGCGGUUGAACUCAUUGUUAAGUUAAAGUUCAUGCCCAGAAAUGGAACAGGAGUCCUUAUUCUCUCACCUACGAGGGAGCUGGCCAUGCAGACUUUUGGUGUUUUUAAGGAGCUAAUGACACACCAUAUUCAUACGUAUGGGUUAACAAUGGGGGGCAGUAACAGAUCUGCUGAAGCGCAGAAACUAGCUAACGGGAUCAACAUUAUUGUGGCCACACCAGGCCGUCUCCUGGACCACGUGCAGGUAAGAGAACACUGUUGUGUAGUCCCUGUCUUACUGUCUUGUGUGAAACCUCAACAAAGACAGUUAACAUGUCUGGUUAUUGAUGAGGCUGACCGUAUCUUGGAUGUUGGGUUUGAAGAGGAAUUAAAGCAAAUUAUUGAACUUCUGCUGAUCACAGCCACCCUGGCAGCGUAUCCACUGCAGCGUCAGGGCUACAGGCCAACCUUCUCCUUGCCAGCAGCUCCACCACCGUAUUAG